AUGUCAGUAUUAAAUAAACCAACUAAUUAUAUCUCUAUUCUCGCAACUAAAAAAAAUCAUAUUUUCAUUUCCGGGGGAAUAGGAGUAGGAAAAAGUACAUUACUUGGUAAUUUAAAGUCAAUUUUGAACGAUUCGGUACGAUUUAAAAUCAUUCACGAAUACAUCGACAUUGAUUAUGAAGGCGAGAAACAAUUACAGCGAUUAAAAGACGGUGAAAUUACUAAUUUCCAAUUUCAAAUGUAUGUAUUACACUGCUUUGAGACUCAACUAGAUACAAUUAGUUAUCAGGAUGCAAAAUAUGUUAUUUGGGAAAGACAUCCCAUUGAAGCUCUCAAGAUAUUCUGUGCAAACGAUAACGCUUUAACACAGGAACAAAGACGAAAAUUAUUAGAAAUUGAAACUGAAUUAUGCGCGACUUAUGGGAUACCAAAAAUAUUCGAUGUAAAAUCUAUUAUUUUAAAGAUUGAUACUUUUAACUAUGGUAACAAAUUUAUUGCAAAAGGAUUCGUUAAUCAAUUUAUUCAACCAACAAUAUUUACUGAUGCAAUUAAUCACUACUUUAUUUAUCUUUAUUGUAGCAAUGAACAAGAGCAGCUUAGAAGAAUCAUUACAAGAGGACGAAAAGCUGAAUUAAAGAUUUAUCACAAUAUUUAUGACUUGCAUCCGGUGAAUCAUGCCUAUGAAGACUAUUAUGAUAAAUGUAUUAGAAGAAAGAGACUUCUUAAUCAGGGCUUAAACAUCUAA